AGCGGCAUAUGAAGAACGGAGCCCUGCUGCCGGGUCACGGAGGACAACCAGCGCCCCCUACAGUCGCAUCUUGCAAUGGCUGCAUGGCGUAGAUUCUCUGCAAUGAACGGUUACCGUAGCGCAGCUCAGUUUGCUGUGGAUCCAGUUUAACAGGGAAGCUUAGAGGUUCGGUUCGGUUCGGUUCGGUCUGACCCGGCCGGGGAUGAACAGUUUUCAUUAAAAACAAACAUGGAGUCGACCUUGAUGACGUCAGAGGGGUUCUCGGUGAGCGUCAGGGCGGACCGGCGCCAAACGAACCACCUGGUUUCACCAGAACCGGAGCGGCUAGCCAGCAGAACAGGCGGUACAGGUUCUUCUCUGGCUGCAAACGGACCGCUUGGUUCUGCUGAUUGUUCUGCAGGAGAACCCGGUUUGUCUCGGCACCAGAAUCAACACCUGAUGGAUGCACCUGAGCUCGGCUCGUUGUACCUGAGAAGCUCGUCGACGGUUUCCCUGAAUGAGCGCUUCUCUCAGGUUCUGAGGAACCAGCUGACCCGACCCGACGGGCCCAUUGUGAUGAGCCGUGGAACCCUUCCUCUGCAGCCAGGGAGCCGUAGGAGGAGAGGGCUGCUGCCUCAGAGGAUGAAGCUGCGUCUGGGGAGCAGGAGGCGCCGCAGCAUCUGGACUCGACUCGGCGGUCCACUGCUGUCCCGCCACCGCUGUAGAUUUCCCGGGUUCUGGAGCUUCAGGAGGAAGUACUCAUGGCGAGCCAGGAGCAGCGCCCCCUACAGGAGCCUCAGACUCUGGCUGUGUCUCCUGGAUCCAACCUGUGUGCUUCUCUGCUGGUUCUCCACAGGACGGGGGAACCUGCACCUGUGUCUCGGGCGGUGCCGCCUGGUGAGGACAGGAAACCCCCAAACACCGACAGCAGGCGCACGCAGGUGGAGUCACACGGCACCGAGGGGCGGGGCCACGUCGGUAAAGGGGCGGGGCUUUCUCUCCAGUGUCGUUCCAACCAAGCAGCAGCUGGAUGCACAGCUGGACGAGUACAUGUCGUUGUCCAGGAGGAGGCUGGACCAGCAGCUGGAGGACUACAUGUCCAUGUCCCGCAGACGUCUGGACGAAGAGCUGGACGAGUACAUGCUGAGGGCGGGGCAGUCUCUGGAAGACUGAAGGGGCGGAGUCAGGAUCAGGUUUUAUUUUGUGACUGGAAGCAGAUCUGGCUGCUGAUUGGUUCAGUUUUCAUUGUUUCUGCAGCUCUUCUCCUCGGUUGAUGUUUUUUUCUACUUCACUGACCUCCCUCUGCGUUGGAGAUCUCAGUUUCUGGAGCUGCUCUUCAGUUCCCAGCCGUUCAAAGAAAUAAACGAUGUUACCUCCUGA